CGCCUCCGCCAAUCUGGACCCUCCUCGCGUUCCGUUCGUGCGUGCGCCGAGCCGGCGCCGCCGAGCUGGCUGGGCCGCGGAGGGCGGAUGGCGGACUCGCAGGCGUUCUGCGUGGCCGAGGAGCGCAGCGGCCACUGCGCCGUGGUGGACGGACACUUCCUCUACGUGUGGGGGGGCUACGUGUCUAUUGAAGACAAUGAGGUAUAUUUGCCGAAUGAUGAAAUUUGGACCUAUGAUAUUGAUAGUGGACUGUGGAAAAUGCACCCAAUGGAAGGAGAGCUCCCCACCUCCAUGUCAGGAAGCUGUGGGGCUUGUAUCAACGGCAGGCUGUAUGUUUUUGGAGGAUAUGAUGACAAAGGAUACAGCAACCGACUUUACGUUGUCAAUUUACGAACAAGAGAUGGAACUUAUAUCUGGGAAAAAAUCACCAAGUUUGAUGGACAGCCACCCACACCACGUGACAAGCUUUCCUGCUGGGUGUAUAAGGACAGAUUAAUAUAUUUUGGUGGUUAUGGGUACAGGAGGCACAAUGAACUUCAAGACUGUUUUGAUGUCCAUGAUGCAUCUUGGGAAGGGCAGAUAUUCUGGGGCUGGCACAACGAUGUCCAUGUGUUUGACACAAAGACAAGGACUUGGUCUCAACCAGAAAUUAAAGGUGGAGUUCCGCCACAGCCACGAGCCGCGCAUUCAUGUGCAGUUCUGGGAAAUAAGGGGUAUAUCUUUGGUGGACGCGUCUUGCAAACUAGGAUGAAUGACUUGCACUAUCUAAACUUAGACACCUGGACUUGGUCUGGAAGGAUUUCUGUUCAUGGAGAAAGCCCCAAACAUCGGUCAUGGCACACGCUAACAGCCAUAGCUGAGGAUAAGCUUUUCCUAUUUGGCGGACUAAGUGCAGAUAAUAUCCCACUAAGUGAUGGCUGGAUUCAUAAUAUUGUAACAAACUGUUGGAAACAACUUAGACAUUUACCUUACACCAGGCCCAGGUUAUGGCACACAGCCUGUUUGGGAAAAGAAAACGAAAUAAUGGUAUUUGGUGGGAGCAAAGAUAACUUACUUUUCCUGGAUACAGGUCACUGUAACGAUUUAUUGAUCUUUCAAACACAACCCUACUCACUGCUCAGGUCAUGUCUUGACUGCAUUGGGAAAAAUGCCAUUGUUUUAAAAAGUCAAAUAUCUUUAUUACCUCCUAAACUUCUGCAGCAAGUUCUCAAAAAAAUAACAUUUUGGACUGCAGCCAAUUACCGAAAAGAGCAAAGAGUCCUAAAAGAAGAAACAGAAAACAAGGACCAAUGGAUCAGUAGCCACUGAAUUGCUCUAGGUCCAGUAUGGCAAAGCGUUUUAAUCAGACUACACAUUUGACUCUCCUCUCCAGCCACAGGCUUUAUUUAAAGGAUAAAAUUUGAAACAAAUGUUUUGCUAAUGCGAUUACAUGAUAUAGGAUAUAUGGAAACAAGAUGUAAUUGAAGAUUUAUCUGUGUAUUUGUAAACUGAUUUACUUGUAAAAGACAGAAUAAGUAUUCUUUCUAGAAAUAAGUACAGUAACAACAGUUCUUAACUCAAUGUCUACUCUUCUGGAAAGAUUAUGUAAAUUUGAAAAACAGAAAUUACCUUAAAAUCUUCAGAAAUCCUCUAACACAACUGUAGAUGUAGAUAUAAAAAUACUCAUUAACUUCCAUUACUUUAAGAUCACCCAAGUGUCUCCUUAAAUAGCAUAGUUAGAGCCUUCCAUCCCAUGUUGAGCAGGGAAACAUAUUUAGAUAGUUCUGGCUCCACUCCCUAGGACCACGUGGGUGGAGAUUGGUUUGUCUCACAGGCUUUGAAAUAUUGGGGUGUGCGAUAUGUGUAGCUUUUGAGACAUGGUACAAUACACAUUGCCUUGGAAAAGGGUUUCUGAAGUAAUAUUUGCAAGUAAUGUGGAUGAUAACCUGGUGUUUUGGCCUCUCUAAUCCCUCAUUUGAGUUACGCUGCUCUACAGAGUUGAUGCUCUCGACGAUGACAAGUCCUCACUCUCCACAUCAUUUACCCAGGAACGGGAGACUAUACUGUUACAUUCCUCAAAAUGGUACUUUGGCCAUUUGGGGACUUUUUUCUGCAUAUGCUCACUCAGUCUUGUCCUCCCAUUGACAUACUUGUUAUGGUUAAUCACUAAGGGGUUCAACAUAUGACACAGCUCCUGUGACCGUCACCUCCUAAGUUACCCCUGAACUUUCAAAGGCUGUGAGGAUGCAUUUCUGUAUUGUAUAUAAUUUACAGUGAAAACUGUAGUUUUUCUUUAAACUGUAGAUAUGUUUUAUACAUGCUGUAUUUUGGAUGUGUAAAGCUUCUAUUUAUGUAUUAGAACAGUUUGUGUUUACAUUUUAUUUAUUGAACACAGUAUGUAGAAUUAUUGCCUCACAGUUUGGUCAGUGGGAACCAGUCAGAGUCCAUUUCGGUGUGGGGCUGGCAACCUGGCUCAGGAUGUAAGAGGGCUUUGCCACACAAGCCUGGUGGCCAAUAAAAGGUGAGAGGAGAGAACUAAUGCCAUAACGGUUGCUCUCUGACCUGCACAUGUGUGCCGUGGCUCAUGUGCUCAAACAUAUAAUGCACACACACACAAUAUCAAAUAAAAAUAAAAACUUCCAGUGUGAAUUUUUUUCUUACCAUUUUAGUCUACAUAACAGACUUGGAAAGUGAUUUUUACAAAUAAUAUACUUCUUAGGGGAAGUUAUUAUUAUGACCUUAAAUAUCAGCAUUAAUUAAUAAUGUCAUAAUAAUUAAGACAUAAAAAACUAGAGAGCCCACAGAAAGGCGGAACACUAUGGCACAGAAGAUAUGAGACACGGGCAGAUCCUCUAUACCUCACUGCAGGCAGGGAACAGCAGGGACUGGGGCUCCAUGCCACAUUCAGAAGCACACCCCACUGACAUUCUCCUGACAGGUCCCACCUCCGGUGUCCACAGAUGCCCACAAUAUCACCACCAUCUGAGGACCAAGUGUUUCAUUCAUGACCCCGUGUGGAGCUUUCAUUUCCAAACCAUAAUAUUUUAUCCUUAGCCCCACAGGCUCAUGGGCAUCACGUGUAUUCAGUUUAUCACCUAGAGUCUUAACAAUGCCAAGACCCUUGAGAAAGCCCAGCCUAGAGUCUCUGAGACUCGUCACCUGGCUUUAGGGAUGUCAGCACCAUCCCUGUGGAUCUAGCUGACAGCAGAGGAGACAGAAUCCUGGACCUGGACUCUGAGCGUGCCUGGCUUCUGGGGCGUCCCUGUGCCAUACCUUGGAAUCUUCUAGCAGGAUCAGUCAGAGGAUGACAGACCCUGAGGCAGAACACCUGGUUGCCUCCUGAGAACAGGUGCUGAUCUUUCAGGUUGACCAGGACUGAUACUUGUUAGGAUAGAGUGGUGACUUUCAUCAGUCAUUGAACGAUGAGUGACCUGUGGUCAAUUCAUUUUGAACUGACUUCAUGAGUGUGGUGGUUUGAAUGAGAAAGACCCCCAUAGGAACGGCACUAUGGGAAGUGUGGACUCUUUGGAGGAAGUGUGUCACUGGGGAUGGGCUUUGAGGUCUCAGAAGCUCAAGGCAAGCCCACUCCCACCCUCCGCCCAUGACCCUGGGCUAUUCGGCCCAAAGGAGGCUGUGCUUCCUGCUGUUGUACAUUGUAAGUGACCUCUGAUAAGCAGCUGGAGCAGGGUCACAUGCCUCUUCUCCCUGCUCCUGCCUGCGAGGUGGAUUUGCUCCCAGUCAGAUCAGAGGACGACUUCUGCUGUCUACUCCGUUCUGUAACGGUGAGUGUAUUUCCUCAAUUUAUAUCUUCAUAAAUUCUGUCAUCCAU